CACAAGUGUUACUGGUGGCUGAUAAAUUACUUCUUCUUUUUUUCCCCCCACCCCAACGGAAGGCUUAUUAAAGACAGACCCUGUGCUCUCUCUCUCUCUCUAUUUCAGGAGGUCAUUGAGAAGUCGAAAGCAAGAGAUAUCCCCAUAGUCAUUGAUGCAGAUGGAUUAUGGCUGGUUACACAGCAACCAUCUGUUAUCCAAGGGUACCAGAAGGGCAUCCUUACGCCUAACUUCAUGGAAUUCACUCGAUUGUAUGAGGCAUUGCACCAUGAGCCCAUGGACAGCAGUGAUUAUCAGCGGAGCGUCAUGCAGCUCAGUGUAGCUAUGGGCAACCUCACCUUGGUGCUGAAGGGGGAGCAGGAUUUCAUCACAGAUGGCAGCAAAGUGUACUCAUGCAAUUUAGAAGGCAGCGGGAGACGAUGCGGUGGACAGGGGGAUCUCCUUUCUGGAUCUAUGGGAGUGCUGGCACACUGGGCCCAUGCUGCUUCCACAGCAGGAAUGAUCAGAAGUAUGAAUCCCUCAGUAGUUGCUGCAUUUGGUGCUUGUUCGCUCACCAGGCAGUGCAACAGUCAAGCAUUCCAGCGGCACGGCAGGUCCACCACCACGUCAGACAUGAUCCAGGAGAUCAGCUCAGCCUUCAAAAAGCUGUUCGAAAGCUAAAAACAGUCAGCGAUGCAAACAGUUGUAAAAAGAGAAUAAAUUUUACGCUCCUAACGUAACCUUUUUGGGAUUGAAAGAAAUGUUCUUCUUUAGCUGAAUUUUAAUGACUGAUUUGAACCCGGAAUCGAAAUUUGGUGCAAAAUAUACACACUGACAUGUUGUUUGUGUUGUGUUUAAUGGAAAAGUAACAAAAAGAAAACCACUAGUUGAAUAAUGAAUGCCUUCACCAAGCCCACCAAAGAGACUGAGACAUUAGGAUGAAUGGGCUCACACUAAACCAGAAACCUGUAUACGUUUUGAAAUAAAUUAUAAAUGUGAUUUUGUUUGUU